AUGGCCCCUGGCCCAAAAUUGCCGGCGUGGUAUUACCGCUUGGUCGCCCUCACCAUCAAGGAGGAUCGUGACGUCUUCCCCGAAGACUUUGAUGAAGACCUCUCCGACAUUGAUGGCGAAAAUCCCUCGGAAUCGGGGUGCGAUUGCGACAGCGAAGACGGCGAAUGUGAUUGUGAUGAUCAAUCGCAUAGCUCGGAGAGAUCAUACAAUGGAUCGGAUGCUGAUUACUACUACGAACUCAAAGACGAACGCAAAGAGCGGAAGCAGCAGCUACGGGAUUAUAAGGUGAAGGAAGACAAAGACAAGGAACAUUGGCGCAAAUGGGAGAACGUCAGGGUAGAGGAAGUACAGGCAGCUUAUGAGUCUCUGCAACAAGCUGAGAUCAAAGGACACAUCCCAUCACCCCUCGACUCCAUCUCUGGCAAGCAUUUUAACUUGUAUUCCCUUGACCACUUUGAUCAUCGCUACGAUUCCUUGGUCUAUCCAACUAAAUAUGUCGAGUUCUAUUACAUCGAAGAAGGCGAUGACACUGUCACGGUUAAACAACCGCCUACCAGGGAAACGAAAAGUGAGGGUCACUUGUACUUGGAUAGCGCUUGUGGUUGCGAUUUUGACUUAUUCUCUCCUCCGAAGCAAGCAGGUCUCGAAAAAUACAGCUUGAAGGAUAUCGACGGAAAAUUUGCCCCCAUAUUUCAGUUCAUCAGCAACGAUCACUUAAUAGUGACUGUCCCUCGAGAUAUAGUCUUCAUGGAUGUUCCUGGACCCCCGAGUGCACCAGAUACGUUCACAUUUUACGGCGUUCGUCAUGAUUACCCAGAGGAGAAACGUCGAAGGGAAGAGGAAAUAAUAUCCCAGCGCCCGCCAUCGCCUCGCGACACUUGGUUUGAGAGAAACCAUCCGAUGGGAGCAUGGAACAUGGGGGGAUGGUAA